AUGAGCACCCGGAGGAAGGCCCCCACCUCAGACCCCAGAAACAGCAAUGACAAGGGUGUUAGUGGCAAACCAUCCCCUUCCUCUGCUCAAGGCUUGUGGGCACUAUCAAAGGUCCAGGAACUUCACAGCGUGGCGGGACAGACACUCUCUGUGAGGUGCCAGUAUCCGCCCAAGGGCUGGCCCUACCAGAGCAAAGGCUGGUGUAAGGAGGUGUCGAAAUUCAAGUGCGUCAGGCUAGUCACCAGCUCCAGCCCCCGCACACUGGCUUGGAACUCUCGAUUCUCAAUCUGGGACAACCCUGCUGCUGGCUUCUUCAUUGUCACCAUGACUGGUCUGAAGGAGGAAGACUCAGGACACUACUGGUGUAGAAUCUACCACGCUUCCGGAAACUCUGUCUCUAAGUCCAUAAGGUUCUAUCUGGCGGUGUCUCCAGCCUCUCCCUCCAGGCAGGCCACCUGGGCUCCCCGUGACCUGGUCUCAUCACAGACUCAGAGCUGUGUGUCCCCCACUGGAAGAGCCGGAGAGACCUCCAGGGCUUCCUCCGCCAUCACCGCCCCUUCACACUGGGCCUCUCUCCUUUCUGUCCCUCUGUCCUCCAGGCAACGAAACUCCACUUCCUGCUCCAGCCCUGCAGCCCCCAGUGCCCUGGUGCCCCUGCUGUGUGGACUCCUUGUGGCCAAGAACCUGGUGCUGUCAGCUCUGCUUGUCUGGUCGCCCAGGUCUUGUGCCUCGGUGCCGGCCCAAGGCGGCCCAAGCUUCCGGCGAUUCCCGGCUGGGGUCACAGGACAGCGCGCAGGGAAACACGAGCCUGGAGCACUGCGCUCCUCCGGCGGCCCGCGGAAGGCGAAGAGCAAGAGGGGCCGGAGGCGGUUGGUCAAAGCUAAGGUCACAGCGAGAGCAGAAAGUACGUUUUCCUACGUGGCAGAAAGUCGUUCUCGCACCACAGCGACCCUCCCCCAACCCGGCCGCGGGGGCCCCUGGCGCAUUCCCCCGGCGGGGGCUCGCAGCGCCCCUCUCGUCGGGCCGCCCCCUGUCCUGACCCCUUCCCAGCGAGGGCUCGGCCGAGUCCGGCCUCCGCGCUCUCGGGGUCGGCUGUCGGCGCUGGCUAGUUAA